CGCGCUGCUGCUGGUGCUCGCGCUGGGCUCGCGCUGUUGCUGCACAAUAAUCCAACAUGGAGUAAUCAGAGAUGGGGCUCGUCGGGGCCACCCUCAGCAACAUCAACGCAUUUUCAUCUAAGGGAUUUUCGGGAAUACACUCAAGCACUCAAAACUCUGGGAAAUUAUUCGGGGAGAUCUGAUUUAGGUCUCUUUAGUUCAAGAUCCUCCAAGGUUUUCAUCAGCAACUGGUUAGAUCCAGUGAAAAAAAAAAAAUAGAGAGAGAGAGAGAGAAAAAAGAAAAACCCAUCAAGACGGAGACGAGGAGAGGAGAGAGCGCAACAAGAAGACACUUUAGACGAACGAAAUGUGAGGGAUUAUUUGGAAAAGAGUGGGAUAAAAAAUGACGAGCGAACUGAGUGCACCCAUUGUGGGAUUUUUUUGUAGGUGAAACAAGAAAAAUGAUUGAAGAAACACACCCAAACGAUGACAGUUACAUUGUGCGCGUGAAAGCGGUGGUCAUGACCCGAGAUGACUCGAGUGGGGGAUGGCUGGCACAGGAGGGGGGGGGCCUCAGCAGGGUGGGCGUCUGUAAGGUGAUGCCCGCUGAGCUGACCGGACACAGCGACUUCCUCAUCCAUGGCGAGCGCCUCAAAGACAAGCAGGUGAUUUUGGAAUGUUUCGUGAGGAAGGAUCUGAUCUACACGAAGGCCACGCCCACAUUUCACCACUGGAAGGUCGAAAACAAAAAAUGCGGCUUGACGUUCCAGAGCCCCGCCGAUGCCCGUGCCUUCGACAGAGGUGUGCGGAAAGCCUUGGAGGACAUUACGGAGGGUUCCACAACUUCCUCUUCAACACUCCAAAAUGAGGCUGAACUUGGAGAUGACGAUGUGUUCACAACUGCCACCGACAGCUCCUCAAACUCAUCUCAGAAGAAGGAGCACGCUACACAACUAGUGGCCACCUCCACCUUCUACGAGCCUCACCCGCAUCGCUGCAUCCUGCAGUACCGGCCGCCUGAGCGCUACAGCCUGGAUCAGAAGUUCUCCAGGAACCCCUUCCCCUUUGAGGACGAGGAGAUCGUCCGGAUCAACCCCCGGGAGCGCUGGCUCAUCACAGGCUACGAGGACUACCGAUACGCCUCGGUGCCGGACAAGUUCAUCCAGCCUGAGGACUCGGACUCGUACGUUCAGAUCGCUAAGAGCGAACCCUUGAAGCACGACUACAACUACCCCUACGUGCCCAGCUCCGACUUCACCCAGUGCGACCUCAAGAGCCACUGCGACGGUGAAGUGGUGGCCACCCAGCCUCGGGUGUUCAAGCUCAAGGGCAAGCGGAGGAAAGAGGACGGAGAGCGAUCGCGCUGCGUCUACUGCCGGGACAUGUUCAACCACGAGGAGAACCGGCGCGGACAGUGCCACGACGCGCCCGACCCCAUUCGGACCUGCAUCCACCGGGUGAGCUUCAUGUGGUGCGCCGACAGCAUGCUCUACCACUGCAUGUCCGACCCGGAGGGCGACUACUCGGACCCGUGCUCGUGCGACACCAGCGAGGAGCGCUUCUGCCUUCGCUGGACGGCCCUGCUGGGUUUGUCGGUGCUGGCGCCCUGUUUGUGCUGCUACCCGCCGCUCCACAUGUGCCACCGCUGCGGCGUGGCCUGCAGUUGCUGCGGAGGAAAGCACAAGGCCGUCGGAUGAACCCCCUGCCCGUCCCCAACAAUCCCUAAACUCGCGCCCCUCGGAACGCUAGCACUGAGGAGGGCAGGAGCGGACACGGCCCGGUUGGAGCUUUCCCUGCUUUUACUUCACAGUCUCUCCUGGUUCCAGAAAACAAUUGGUGCAUUUAACUGGCUUGAAAAACAUUCUCUUCUCUUUUGGUUUGAUUUUAUAUAUAUAUAUAUGUAUAUGUUCUUUUCUUUCCCUUUUGUUGUGGAUGUUUCUCUCAGUUCCUUGUGAACGAAAUGGCUCUUCUGUCAGGUGGCUCCCGGAGCCUUCACUUUCAUGCAUUUACUUAUGCAGGUACUUUAUAUUUUUUACACUGAUUUGACUUUUCAAGAACUUGAAUAGCUUGUUUCGGUUUUGGCGUCCGUGGCCAGCAAAGGGAGGAAUUAGCCGUUUACUCUUCCUGAACAGGUCCUUACAUAAACUGGCAUUUGUAUCCCAAGCCCUUUAACCCAUUCAGAACAAUAACAAUGAGAUUAGCUCGAGACACUAAACCUGUAGUUGGAAGCGACCAUUUGUAGUGCGUCUGCGGGAGAACGUGUGUCGAUGCCUGCGUGCGUGUUGUAAAGGAAUGAUAACGUCGUAUCACAGCAUAGUAUUGUUGUUAUUAUAUUUAAGCCAAAUUUACAUAAGCUGCAUCCAGAGUAUAUGUAAAUACUGUAUACUCAUAUGUAUAUGUUUCAAAUCGAAUUAUUGUAAUCACCUUCGACAGCCACAGCUGUGCUUCAGAUAACGGACAUUUUCCUUAUAGAGUUGACUUAUUUUGGAUGCGAGGGUGGCUUUUGAGUUGAUGCAUAUUUGAUAUCCAAAGAUUAUUUUUGUCAUAUUUAUUUUUCGCCGUCAAUUGAAUCACCAGCCAAAGGGAGAAACAAAAUAAAUAGAGAG